GCCUGAGUUGCCAAUUCUAGUUACUGGCUGUUGGCAUCGAGUCUGGAUCGACGGAGAUGGAAGUAUGAUGUUGUGAAGAGUUUCGGAAUUAGGCAUGUUCUAUUCCUCGGGGGCCAAUUGAGGAGGUUUUUGUAAUUUGUGGAACCCCUUCGUAGGGACUGAGUGUGUCCAGUGGAGGUCGGAUUCAAGGAUUUGGUGGCAAGUUUCUUGAGCUAUGGCGAUGGUCUCAGCCAACUCCGUUCGCUCAGUUUGUUCUGCAAUUGCCACUCCUAUAGCUAAGGUAGUUGGAAAGAGAGCUUCUUUUACUGAAGUUUCAUGUAGCCUCUGUUUGCGGCCGAAAAAAUACAGCAGAGUGGUGCUAAGGGAGAUAGGAAAUGGUAGUCGUGAAAGGUGGAGCUUGGAGAAUGUGAGGCAAUUGCGCGGACAAGUAAGAAGCGUGAAUACGGUGAAAGCGAGCGCUGACGAUGCGGAUGACGUGAGUGAUGAAGAUGUAAUUAAGGACAUGGAGCGUUAUCUCAAUGAAUUGUCUGUUGAGUAUGAGAAUGUUUGGGAUACCAAACCUGCAUGGUGCCAGCCAUGGUCAAUAGUUCUAACAGGAGUCACUGGCGUAAGUUUGUCGUGGUUAGCAAUUAAGUCCACCAUAGUGACCGGGGUUGUAACAGUUUUGGUAGCCGGAUGGUGGUAUGUAUUCCUAUACACAUAUCCUAUGGCUUAUACUGCAAUGAUUGCGGAAAGGCGAAGGAAUCAGAGGAACGGUACUGAAGAUACUUACGGGUUGCGAACGAGAAAAUAGUAGUCUCCCUUCUUAUUCUUUAGCUUUUGUUGCCAUUGUUGCAGCUUAAGUCCUGAUUUCCCAUCCGAGGUUUCUUAGUCAUCAUCUUCUUGAUUCAAUCAUCUUGGAAAAUUCGAAUUUAGGAUUUCUUCUGUUACUAUGCUCUUAUGGUUAACGCUGUAUGAGCUUGUGAGUUACAUACUGUGGAAAGCGUACGACAUGAAGAGGGGAAACGUCUCAGCUGGAAACAGGCUUUAGCAUUGUGCUUACACUAUAUCGAGAAAUCUUCGAUUGCCUUCUAACUUAUUAGUAUGUCCGCCUCGUGCCGUCACCUACUUUGUGCAGAGUAGUUGAUGGCACAUGGUAGUCCUAACGGACUGACUACCAUGUGCAGUCCUUUCUCCUGCAAUUAACGAUGUUUCGUGGACAAAACUUGCUCCAUGUUGUACACGGGACGAAAAUGGCAGGUUCUAUCACUUGGAAUUCAGACAUCGCUAUGUUUUCCUUCAAUACAUGUAGACACCGAUUUCAGCA